AAUUUAAUGCUGAUGGUUAUAUAACACAAUAUACUUUAAAAUAUUGGCACAAAUUAUAACAAAAGACCAAGAAUUAUAUUUAUGAUAAAUAAAAUGAAAGUCAUAUCAUUACAAUUAGUUAUAAUGAUAUUGAUAUACAUUAUAUCAGCUCAUGAUUCGUAUAAUGGACAACAUUUAUUAAAAUUUGAGUUGCCAAGAAUUCUUCUUCAUAAUUGUUUUCAUGUUCAAAAUGUUGGAUUAUACUUAAUUAAAGAAAAUGGUAAAGUUGAAGAUAAGUUUACUAAAUCGACUUUUAAUUACAUUCUAUUACUCUUAGAAAAAAAAAACACUUUAGAGGAAUAUAUUAAACAAAUUGGAGGUCAAAUAUGUAUUUGGCAAUGGAAUGAUGAGGAGUGUUUAAAUAGAUCUAAAGUGUGUUCUGUAGGAUUACUAAAAUACCUUAAAAAAAAUCCAACUUUUCUUCCAUAUAAAAUAGAGGAAGAAUAUUUCAAUUUUCUUGACAUAUCCUGUAGCAAUGAUGAAUCAAUUGAAAAAAUUUCUUCUUUAGAUGAGAUCCAAUAUUUUGAGGAUUGUCAACAUAUAAUUUACUCGAUUUAUGAAGAUAAUUCAUAUUUUUGGCAAUCAUUUAAAACAAAAUCUAAUAAAUGAACGGAUAUGUGCUAAAUAGAAACAGAACUUAUGUAAUUGAAAUAUAUAUAUGUAAUAUAUGUAAAUAUGUAAUAUAGGUAUAUAUAUGUAA